AUGCUAAAAUUAGUGGGACGGGAUAAGGCUCCUAUAGUCGCGGUCUCCAGGCGGAUCUCGAUGGAAACAGGCAACCGGAGGUUGCAUGAGAAGUGGGGUCAAGUUCUGACUAUUUCAAAGAAGGGUUGUUCUUAUCCUUUCCGCGCAACAAUGUGA